AUGAGGGAUGGCAAAUUGGUGGUGAAGAUUGUGGAUGAUGAUAUCAAAGCGCAGAAGGAGGUGUCGAAUUCUACAUUAAUAGGAUAUGCACUAGGAGACACACCAUAUGUUCGAUCAAUGGACAAUUCUGUUAAUACGGUAUGGAAUUUUGUUGCUAAACCUAAAAUUUUGUACCAUGAUGAGGGAUACUAUAUCUUCAAGUUCCAAACAAUUGAGGAUAGGGACUUGGUCUUGCAUGCUGGCCCAUAUACAUACCACAAUAAACCACUGAUUUUGAGGAACUGGGAAAUUGACUUUUACUUCGAUCUAGAGUGCCUUAGCACUAUUCUAUUGUGGGUAAAGUUCCCAGGACUACCAAUGGGUUAUUGGCCGCUUGAGGCAUUAGGCAAAUUGGCUAGUGGAGUUGGGAAACCACUAUAUACAGAUAGAAUAACUGCUGAAAUGGAGAGGAUCUCUUAUGCUCGAGUGUUGAUUUAG